CCGAGGAUGGCCUCGACCCAGGAACGCGCAUAGACGCGACCCCGUCAUCACCUGAAGCAGAUCCGCUAAUCGACGGGCAACCAACAUGAAUGCGAAUGUACAGAACCCGAAUCUGCAACAAAAUGCUAAUCAGCCAAAUCCUAAUCAAACCGCCCCACGAGCAUGGGCUCCCAUGACGCCACCUGAUCUUUAUCUAUCCGACCCAGCACAUCAUCUCGCAGGAGCAUGGUUGGCCACGCUCCGAGCACAGCAGUAUGAUGAUAACGAAGCGCAGGUAAACAUUCCUGCUCGAUUAGGAGAAGACGCUCAUGAUUGGUUUAGUACCUAUGUAUGGGUUGAUCUUCUGACCUUCGAACAGGAUUUUCUGAAUCGAUUUGAUUAUGUCCAUCCAGAGCAAGCACUUUACAUGAUCAAGGACCGAGUGCAAAAACCUCUCGAGUCUGUCGCAGAAUACCGAAAUCGGUUCUACCGAAUGUUUGUGAAGACUGAGCGAGGCGAGCAAGUCGGGAGAGAUUUGUUUAUUGAUGGCCUUCGCAGCCGAACGAUAAGGGCGAAGCUGCGAAAUCAAUUUCCCCCCAUCAAUCACACGCUGCAACAGAUCAUGGCCGCUGCAGAAGAGAUAGAACGGAAGUUCACGGCAAACUUCCUGGAAGGAGAAGACUAUUCUAGGGAAGGAGAUUCGACCGAACUUGCGAGGGCGAGAGCUGAGCUGGCCGCAUUACAGAACAAGUUCGAAAAUAUGGGAUUUGUGUCUGGCCCAGUCACCUAUCUAGAACAGGUGGGCCCUAUACGACCGACCCCAAGUGAGAUCCCGAGUGUCCCUGUUCCUGUGAUGCCAACACCUGUAAGAACAGCACCCCCGCCACCAAUUGAGAAUCCUGUAAGAACAAAUGAAUCUACUGCCAUUUUCGAACUAACCAAAACGUUAAUUAGCCUAAUCCAGGAGAGCAAAAAGGAACAGCGAGAGCACAAUGCUCGGUUAGAAGCCAUGAUGAGAAACAUGCGGCCCAUCGCGGUGCGUGCCCAUCCGAUUGAACAAGGAUUGGUGCAGGCGCCUGUUCUCGGAGGAGCCGCAAGCAAUCUGAAUUGGAGGCAUUGGCGAGAGCACUUCGUAGAGCUGUCGGUGUGUCUGGUCGGAGUAAGGGUCACGUGGACGCGGCACGGGGAUCACCGCCAGCGGACUGAGUACCUCGAGUUGCUUAUCAUCCAGGUGUGGCGAACGGAAGUGGCAGGCGAUCUGCUCGGAUUCCUCUUCGGAUCAGUGCGGCCCGAUCAUCGCCAACUGAUCGUACAAGAGUUAACGGUCCCCCUUGCGCAGCUGGCCGACGAUCUCCCUCUUGAGAUCGUCUUGCAGAGCGACGACAGCGCGGUCCCUCAUGUUCUCACGCGGACCUUGGCGCCAUAUCUUAAGUGGUCGGCGUGCUUGGAGGAACCAGGGAGUGGCCGCAACCCACCAUCACAGCGAGGUCAUCUAGACCCGCACGAGAUAGUCGACCUAGCCUUCUUCCAAGAUCGGACAGCUUCUGAGGACGAGGAGGUACAAAUUGAAGCAGAAGAAGAAAGCUUGGAAGAAGAAGAAGAGGUCAAGGAAGUGGCCGACGAGGAAGAAACUCCCGAGGAAGGAAGUUACAGUGAGCACAACGAAGGGGAGCAAAGUGAAGCGGAGGAGGAAGAAGAGCAAGACGACGACGAAGAAGAAGAAGACCAGGAAGAGUCAGAAGAGUCGGAGUACAAAGGAUUCGAGGAGGAAGUGCGCGACGAGGCUCGGGCACAGGCCCAGGCACAGAAGAGGGAAGAGAUCGCGGCCAGGAAGCGACAGUUGGAAAUCGCCAGCGCAGCCGGUGAGCCGCGCACCGACGAUCCGGCCCGAGAUCCGGAGCCACCCAAGCCCGAGGAUGGAGAGACAGCUGCCGAGACUUCGGCCGCACCAGCGAGACGGCGACGAAGCCGAUCCCCCUCCCCCUCCACCGCCGACCGCCCACCAGCUCGUCCAGGUACCGAUGCGGGGCAUCGGGCUUCGCCCCCGGUUGUUAUCCCGCCGUCCCCUUGAUCACCUCUCUUUCUGCCAGAUCACCGCCCGCGUCACCUUCCCCGACAAUCCCUUCCCCAUCGU